CUCUACUCUAGCUCCCUUGGGGGAAACUUUCCUUUUCUUUUCUUUUCUUUUUUAAUAUCUUCUAAUCUAUCUCUGAGUUUACUCUCUCUCUUUCUCUCUCUGUUCUCUCUCGCAUAAACAGCCUUACCGACGACCUCGCCGCCGUGAUCUGUUCACUACCGGCGAUUUCCAAUUCUAUUUUUGUUUUGGCCGGAAAAUGGCGAAUAUGUGUGCCGAUAGUGGCAAUCUUAUGGCGAUUGCUCAGCAAGUCAUGAAGCAGAAGCAGCAACAGGAGCAGCAGCAGCAGCACCCACAGCACCCGCCGCAGCAGCUCACUGGACCCUGUACUUUCGGUCUGAACCCAUGGAAUGGUCCGAACCAUGCUCUAUCCGCUGCUCCAGAUUUGGGAUUUGGACUUCCUGGUGCUGGAUUUUCCGACCCGUUUCAGGUGCAGAGAGUGGUCGACGGUGGAGAAACGAGCUUUCAGUUUUCGAACUUGGAGCACCAUUCUCCUGCUUUCAGAUUUUCCGAUUUCGACGGCGGUACUGCUGCAGAGUUUGAUUCUGAUGAGUGGAUGGAGAGUCUAAUGGCUGGUGGAGAUUCAACGGAUAGCUCUAAUCUUCCUUCUGGAUGCGACGCGUGGCAGUCUAAUUCAGAUUUCGCUUUCUACAGUGUCGAUCCCUUUGUCCCCUGUCCCAGUCGUCUCACCAUCCCCUGCUCUUCACCCUCUGAUCUUAACAGAGUCAUUUUCCCUGACUCGCCCAAAAGUGAACCCGCCGUUGAACCGGCAGUGGUCUCGUGGACCGGGAUUCACCCAGCGACUCCAUCGGCGGUGGUUAAGGACAUUCAAGUCUCCAACCCUCCCCUUGCCAUUCUCAAGAGUGAAGAUAACGGCGGUUCAUCGAGUUCUGUAGAGACUGAAUCGACUCCGCCGCUGCUUAAAACCCUAAUUGAAUGUGCUCGACUUUCCGAAUCGGAGCCAGGUCGAGCGGGGCAAACGUUGAUUAAGCUUAAGGAAUCGUCAUCGGAGCAGGGAGAUCCGACGGAGAGGGUCGCCUUUUACUUUCUGGAAGCCCUUUGCCGGAGAUUAUCACUUCGAUCGAAGAAUCAUUCGGUUUCUUGCGGAUCCACUUACGAAGAUAUUACACUCUCUUACAAAGCACUCAACGACGCUUGCCCUUACUCCAAAUUCGCCCAUUUGACUGCAAAUCAAGCUAUCCUCGAGAGUACAGAGAAUGCAAGUAAGAUUCACAUAAUUGACUUCGGGAUUGCUCAGGGAGUUCAAUGGGCGGCGCUUUUACAAGCUCUUGCAACCCGAUCCACCGGAAAACCAACCGGAAUUCGGAUCUCCGGCAUUCCGGCUCCGAUGCUUGGUAACUGUCCGGCGACGGGGCUGUUCGCAACGGGUAACCGACUAGCCGAGUUUGCAAAGCUUCUGGAACUAAACUUCGAAUUUGAUCCAAUUCUCACUCCAAUCGAAGAACUGAACGAAUCAUCCUUUCUAAUCAACACAGACGAAACCCUCGCCGUGAAUUUCAUGCUUCAAUUGUACAAUCUCCUCGACGAACCUCCUCGCGCCGUUCUCAAAGUUCUACAACUAGCCAAAUCACUGAACCCUAAAAUCAUAACCCUCGGCGAAUACGAAGCGAGCCUAAACCGGGUCGGGUUCUUCAACCGGUUCAAGAACGCACUCAGAUACUACUCAGCCGUGUUCGAAUCACUGGACCCAAAACUACCUCGCGACUCAAACGAAAGGCUGCAACUGGAAAAGCUCGUACUCGGCCGGCAAAUCGGCGCCCUUGUCGGACCGGAAUCGUCACCGGGAGCGAAAACCGAACGAAUGGAAAACAAAGAAGAGUGGAAAAUGUUAAUGGAAAAUUCUGGAUUUGAAUCAGUAAAUCUCAGUCAUUAUGCGAAAAGCCAAGCUAAAAUCCUGUUAUGGAAAUACGAUUACAGCUCUGAAUAUUCAUUAAUGGAAUCCUCAGGGUUUCUCUCGUUGGCAUGGAACGAAGUCCCAAUCAUUACAAUUUCUUCAUGGCGUUGAAAGCAACAGCUUCAAAGCCUCAGGUAACCGUAUUUGUUUAUUACAUUAUUAUAAAAUUGUUCCCUUUUUGCCUAUUCCCUCUUCUGUUCUGUAAAAAAGAAUGACAUUAAGAUUUGAGAAUCACAUACCGCCAUUCACGAUCUUAA